AUGAAGUUCAUGCUCGACGACAUGGAGCUCAUCUUCCCGUACGACAAGAUGUACCCCGAGCAGUACAACUACGUGUGCGACCUCAAGCGCAGCCUCGACGCCCACGGCCACUGCGUCCUCGAGAUGCCGUCCGGCACGGGCAAGACUGUGUCGCUCCUGUCGCUCAUCGUCGCCUACCAACACAUGGGUCGACCAGAGCGCAAGCUCAUCUACUGCUCGCGCACGGUGCCAGAGAUCGAGAAGGCUCUUGCCGAGCUCAAGCGCCUCAUGCAGUACCGGUCCGAGGUGUACGGCAUCGACGACGGCGACUUUCUCGGUCUCGGCCUGUCGUCGCGCAAGAACCUGUGCAUCCACCCGUCGGUCCGCCAGGAGAAGAAGGGCAAGGCGGUCGACGCGAGGUGUCGCGACAUGACGAGCGCCGUCGCCAAGCAGCGCCACGAGCAGGACCCGGGCAGCGUCGAGCUGUGCUCGUUCCACGAGAACCUCGGCGAGCUCGACCAGGACCACCUCGUGCCGCACGGCGUCCACACGCUCGAGGACGUCAAGGCGUACGGCCAAGAGCACGGCAUCUGCCCCUACUUUGCGAUCCGGCGCAUGUUCAUCCACGCGAGCGUCAUCAUCUACUCGUUCCACUACCUGCUCGACCCCAAGGUCGCCGAGCAGGUCUCGAAGCACAUGAGCAAGGACUCGAUCGUCGUCUUUGACGAGGCGCACAACAUCGACAACGUCUGCAUCGAGUCGCUCUCGAUCGACCUGACCCGGCCCAUGCUUGACACGGCGGCACGGUGUGUCGACAAGCUGAGCGAGACGAUCGAGGAGAUGAAGGCCAAGGACGCGUCGGUCCUCGAGGACGAGUACCGCCGUCUCGUCGAGGGUCUGCAAGCUGGCGAGGAUGGCGCCGAGGACGAGGACUUUAUGUCGAACCCGGUUUUGCCGCAGGACCUGCUGCAGGAGGCCGUCCCGGGCAACAUUCGCCGAGCAGAGCACUUUACGGCGUUCCUCGCUCGCUUUGUCGAGUAUCUCAAAACCCGCAUGCGCGUGCUGCACGUCGUCGCCGAGACGCCGUUGUCGUUCCUGCAGCACCUGCGCGACAUCACGUUCAUCGAGCGCAAGCCGCUCAAGUUCUGCUCGGACCGCCUGUCGUCGCUGCUACGGACCCUGCAGCUCACGCGGCUCGACGAGUACUCGGCGCUGCAGAAGGUCGCCGCCUUUGCGACGCUCGUCGCCACCUACCACGAGGGCUUCCGCCUCCUCCUCGAGCCGUUCGAGACCGACAACGCGACCGUGCCCAACCCUGUCUUUCACCUCGUCUGCCUCGACGCCUCGCUCGCCAUCGCGCCCGUCUUUGAGCGGUUCUCGAGCGUCAUCAUCACGUCGGGCACGCUCUCGCCGCUCGACAUGUACCCCAAGAUGUUGCGCUUCGACGCCACGGUCCUCGAGUCGUACGUCAUGACGCUCACGAGGGACUGUUUCCUGCCGCUCGUCGUCACGCGUGGCUCGGACCAGGUCGAGAUCUCGUCGCGGUUCGAGGUGCGCAACGACCCGGCCGUCGUGCGCAACUUUGGCACGCUCCUCGUCGAGUACGCCCGAGCGGUCCCAGACGGCGUCGUCGCCUUCUUCCCGAGCUACCUCUACAUGGAAAGCAUCGUCAGUGCGUGGAACGAGAUGGGCAUCCUGAACGAGGUCCUCAAGUACAAGCUCAUCUUCAUCGAGACGCCCGACGCUGUCGAGACGUCGGCCGCGCUCGAGAACUACCGCCGGGCCUGCGACAACGGUCGAGGUGCCGUGCUCCUGUCGGUCGCUCGCGGCAAGGUCUCCGAGGGCAUCGACUUCGACCACAACUACGGCCGCGCCGUCAUCAUGUUCGGCAUCCCGUAUCAGUACACCGAGUCGCGCAUCCUCAAGGCCCGCCUCGAGUUCCUCCGCGACACGUACCGCAUCCGCGAGAACGACUUUCUCACGUUCGACGCCAUGCGGCAUGCGGCUCAGUGUGUCGGGCGCGUCCUGCGAGGAAAGACCGACUACGGGCUCAUGAUCUUCGCCGACAAGCGCUUCGCCAAGGUCGACAAGCGCAACAAGCUGCCCAAGUGGAUCGGCCAGUACAUCAAGGAGUCGGACACGAACCUCGCGACCGACGUCGCCAUCGCGCACUCGAAGCGCUUCCUGCGCAUGAUGGCGCAGCCGUUCGAGCAGAGCACAAAGUCGCUGUGGGGCAUCGACGAGAUCCUCGACAAGCAGCGCGGCCUCGAUCCCGAGCGCGACGUCAACGAGGACGCGCUCGCGCUCGAAGCCGAGGCAGAGGCGAUCGCUGCGGCCCAUGCCGAAGCCGAGGCGGCAGCAGCAGCCGACGACGAGGCGUAUACCGCGCAGCAGGCGCACGAGCAGAACGGGUACGGCGACGAGGACGUCGCGAUGGGCGAGAACGGCGGCGACGACGACCCGUUCAAGGAGAUCGACGAUGCGGCGCUCGCCGCCAUGGACAUGCCCGACCUGCCGCAGCCACCUCACUUCAUGGGCUUUGGCGACGACGCCGAGGCCGACAUGCACGGCGGCGGGUUCGAGCUGCCGAUGCCGCCUCAAGAGUUCCAGAUGGGCGACGGCGAGGACGACGACGACCAGGGCCUCGUUCUGCCGAUGCCGCCGCCCGAGUUUCUCUGAGCGAGGUCGCGACGAGAGGAGGCUUGGUUAGCAUACGCAGUGACUGGGUCUGGAACGUGUUGUAGCUCUCCAUUCGAGAGCUUUUC